UUUCUGGAAAAAGAGGACUCUAAAUCGAUUUUUAAAGCCUUAGCCUAUAUGAAGUCAAGGCAGUUAGAGCUACGCCAAGCGAAUUGCACUAUACUACGUAAAAACAACAAACCAGACUAUAAGCAGCCUAGCGCCUAUCAACCUAUUUCACUCCUAAAUUACCUAGGAAAAGUCAGCAAAAGGAUCCUAGCUAGGCGACUAGCUUACUUAGCUGAAACCAUACCAAAUCUGCUGCAUCCUAGCCAAAUCAGUAGCCGACUUAAAAAGUCAGCUAUAGACGUAGGCGCUAUGCUAGCGGAUUAUGUCCACAUAAAUCGGCUAUAA